AGGAUUAAUUGGAAUUCUUCAAAAUGUCAGGUGUAGUCCCCACGGCCCCUGAGCAGCCUGCAGCUGAAAUGGAAAAUCAAGUAAAAUAUCCAGAUCCGAGGCCUGAAGCUCCUCCUGAAUACAACUCUCAUUUUGUAGCAGGACCACCAGGACCAGCUGUCCCUCCACCUGCAGGCUACCCAGGAGGGCUGCCUAUGGGAUACUACAGUCCACAGCAGCCCAGUACCUUCCCCUUGGGCCAGCCAACUACUAGAGCCAAUCCUAUCCAGUAUCAGCCUGGCAAAUACCCAAUGCCGAAUCUGGACAACAUACAUGUUUUUCAGCAUUUUGAGCCUCUGGAAAUGGUAACACGUUUUGAAACUAAUAAUAGAUAUGAUAUUAAAAACAACUCAGACCAAAUGGUUUAUAUUGUAACUGAAGACACAGACGACUUUACCAGGAACGCUUACCGGACACUAAGGCCCCUGGAGGUGCAGUGUCCCCCUGGUGUCACCCUGGGCUUUGUUGCAGAACAUUGGAAUUUGUGCAGGGCGGUUUACAGCAUCCAAAAUGAGAAGAAGGAGAACGUGAUGCGAGUGCGUGGGCCGUGCUCGACCUACGGCUGUGGUUCCGACUCUGUUUUUGAGAUCAAGUCCCUGGACGGUGUCUCCACCAUCGGCAGCAUCAUUCGCAAGUGGAACGGUUUGUUGUCGGCCAUGGCGGAUGCCGACCACUUUGACAUUCGCUUCCCAAUGGACUUGGAUGUGAAGAUGAAGGCCAUGAUCUUUGGAGCUUGCUUCCUCAUUGACUUCAUGUAUUUUGAAAGAUCUCCACCACAGCGCUCAUCAAGAUAGAGGCAUGCAGCAACUCACCGAUCAAUAUGGUUAAUAAAAAAAUGAUGAAAGUUGAGUUAGGCUUAUAGUCGAUCCUCAGUUAUUUGCAAGUAUUAUUUUCUGCUUGGCAGAUUAUUGUUAUUGAGUGUUAGCUCUGAGAGGUAGGCUAAGAGUCUGACUGUAAAAAUGAGUACAAUCUAAACUUGUGUUUCAUCCUGAAAGCCUAUGACUCAAAACAUGACAAAUACUUCAAACACUAUAAACAUGAAAUAUGGGAAAUUGACUCCCUGAGCUCUCACAUUAAUAGGUCGUGAGACGUGGCCUUUUAGGGCAAUCUUUGUUGGGAUGGAAUAACGUGAUUUCUGUCUUGGACGCUCUCCUAAUUCCCCUUCCAUCAUCAUGUCCUGUUACUGAGGACAAGCUUGAUUCCAUAGGAAAAGAACUGUUUCUUUAUCCUUCAAAAGAAAAAGAAAAGCAGACAGAAAUAUUAUGCUCCAUUGUAUCAGGAAAGUUGGUUUGUGCACCUGCAUCAGAAACUCAUUCUGUGAAAUUUGUAAAAGUUUCACUGGGAAAUUGAAUUUUAUUACAAAAUAAAACAAUAUAUUUUUUAAAUCUUAACUCUUAGAUUUUCCCUCAUGAUCUGGAGUGGACACCUAGGAGCUGCCUGUACUGGGAGGUAGGAUCAGUCUACCAGGAUAGGUGCUGGCCAUAGCCAUAGCCAGUCAAGAGCAAAUGAGAGACAUCAGUCUCCUUAUAAGAAACUUGCAUUUAGGCUCAGUCCCCUGUAGCUCAGUGGUUAGGGCACCGGUCACAGACCCCAGAGCUGACAGGGUUGAACCCAGCCUAGGCCUGCUAAACAACAAUGACAUC